AUGCAAGAGCGCAUCAAGCAAGGGAGCAGGAGGGAGCUUGAUAGAGACGCGCAGCAGCAUAUAAGACAGUUUCAAUCCCCACUUCGCGAAAUGGCUUCUACACUCUGCUCCUCUUCUUCUAUUUGCACGUCAUCCGCCCUUUUGUCAUCCUCGACGCUACGACGUCGUUUGCCCCUCGUCGGGGCCUUUUGCAUGCUCAGUUUGGGACUCUCCAAUCUCUAUACCCCCCUGUAUUCCUCUGCCCUCAAAACGGGGUGCAUUCUAUCUCUCUUGCGAUCCAAAUUGGGUGUCCGCAGCCACUCCACCAUCAGAAUGGAAGGAAAUAACACCACUGUCCCGAGCAUUGUUGUCUAUGUCACUGUUCCCAACAAAGAAGCAGGUAAGAAGUUGGCUGAAAGCAUCGUCACGGAGAAGCUUGCAGCUUGUGUGAACAGGGUACCGGGUAUCGAAUCAGUGUACCAGUGGGAGGGAAAGAUCCAAACUGAUUCCGAGGAACUUCUUAUAAUCAAGACCAGGCAAUCCCUUCUGGAGGCAUUGACAGAGCAUGUCAAAGCAAACCAUGAAUAUGAUGUGCCAGAGGUGAUCUCCUUGCCCAUCACUGGGGGAAAUCUUAAAUAUUUAGAGUGGAUUAAAGAGAGCACAAGGGAGUGA